GUAAACUACAUUAUCUCAUAUAUAUUUAUAAAAAGAGUUACCAACUUGGAUUUUCAUUGUACAUUAAAGGCAUUUUAUCAACGAAAGCCCUCACAAAUCAAAUAAAUUGUUCGAGAUGAUGAUCUUGUAUAUAGAUCUUGGCCUCAUCAACCAAGACCCCUUGUUAAAGAUGUGCCUGCAAAUCCGAGCAAAAUCUAAAACCAAGAGAAACAAUAUGUUCCGAAUUACAUUCUUGUCGAUGAGUUUUGCAACAGAACUACUGGCGGUCUAAAGAGAAAUUUCUUGAUUAGUUAUAUAUUUUUGCAUAGAAAAUGAUUUCUUCAGCUCAAAAAUAAAAUGUGUAGUAUUUCAACGUGAUAUAACACUAUAUUUACGUGAAUACAGAAAAAAAAGAAAACUUGGACUUCCUGUCAUUCUUAAUAUUAUAACCUUUGAACACACAUGAAACAAACAUGUUAAUAUUACCUUUAAGUACGAAAGAAAUACAUUGUUAAUAAUACCUGUUAGUAUUACCUUCUAAAAUAAGAAUACUAGAUUUUUUUCUUUUAAUUUAAAUAUUUUAUUUUAAAUAAAACGAUAUACGUGACAAUUAAAAGCUGUUUUCCUUAAUGGAUAUUAAUUAUUUUGUUUUUAAAGGGAAAGGUAGAAUUUAUUUUGGGAAAGAAAUCUUUUAAGUACAUUUGUACACUGAAUCUCACUUGUCGUGGAUACAAUACCUUGUAUAAUCCAAUGACGGAGGUACACAUGUCGAACAAGAUAACACAAAGUGGACGUGAUAAAUCUUCUUUUUAUAUGUAGUUAAGAUUAAGAAGAUGUAAAUUAAGCAUCGAGCACAAAAGGUUACUAGAUAACAAAAAACAAGGAAGAAUCAAUGGCGGAGGGUGAAGGAAGCUCUAGAGGCCAGCCAAAGAGGGGGCAGAUCAGAAAAACUGAAGUCAUCAGUUACGAGAAAAGCAUCACGCAACUGUCAAGAGAAGGGAGACAGACGCAUUUGGUUGUGGACCGAGCCCGUAAAACGCCAUUGAACACAAAUUCUAGAUCUUACUCUACUGUCUUUGAUAAUACCUCUCCUCAGUACAACUGGCUUCGUGAUGGCUGGCUCGUUGAGGAGCGUCGCAUAGUGCUGACCGGCCGACUUUACCGGUACUAUUACGAUCCACUGGGACAAGUAUACGGUACAAGGUACGAAGUGGAGCAGAUGUGCGCAUACAUUGACAGGAAUAAGAACAGAAAGAAGCGCGAGAUCAUCAUCAUCGACUAAAAUUCUGCUAUGUAUUGAUAUCUUUAUCAUUUAAGCUAUUAUAAAUAAAAUAAAAAGGUUCAUUUCCGAAGUACCCUGGACAAAAAGGAAAUAACCUGUGUUUUUAAUAUAAGGACUAUGUAAGCCUUUUCUGUUGUUGUUUAAUCUAUGGAACAAUCGAGUAUCUUUCUU